AUGGACCUCCACCGCCGCUGCUGCUGCUGGUGCUGCCGCCGCCUCCGCUGCUCUCUCGUGGCGCUCCUGGCCCUGCUGGCCGCCGCAGGGCGCUCCGGAGGCUGCGAGCGACGUCUGGACGCCUCGGCCGCCCCCGAGGGGCCCCCCUGCUCGGAUCUCCUCCCCAGGCAGCCGCUCCCCGUCGAAGGGCAGGAGGCGCCGGCGGCGGCCCUGCCAGACCCGCUGCAGGUGGACUUCGAGGGGGGCGGCCCGGAAGGCGGGCGGCAGCGUCGGCGGCCCCGCGGGGACCAGCAAGGCGCCGGUAAGAACCCUCAGCCUGGCCUCGCCAUCAUCCCCUCCUCCGGGUCCGAUUUCUCUGGGCUGCAGGACUCGCCACCUGUAGGGCAAAGCACCAGUAAGACCUUCCUCCAUGGCAGCGCUGAGCCCUCUGGCAUCACCUGGCAUCAUCCCUCACCCACUGCUGCUGCUGCUGUCCCCACUGCGUCACACCCAGACUUGCAGACUGGAUCUGCUGUCCUUGAUGCCAGCCAGGAGGAGACACCGAGGAGGCCAAAGGAGGUGGAAGAAAGCAGAGCAGCAGAUGCCACUGUGAGAGGCACUCAGUUCCCUACUCAAGAGAGCACAUUGGGGGCUGGCAGGCUGCCCCAACCGAGUCCACCUCUCAUCACAACCAAGCCUGUGGCCCUCUCAUCUGAGUCAGCAUUGCUUCCUGGGCCCAUUUCCCCAAAGGAUGUUGCAGGUCAAAAUUAUUGGCCCUCUUCUCUUUCGGAAGAAUCCUCCAGCCCUGGAGCUGGAGAGGAACCCCCUGAGGUCUGGCAGUCCACCAGCCCCUCUCCGUUUCUGGCCUCCAAAGUGCAAGCUGCUACACAGACCCAGGCUGAGCCCCGGGACCCUUGGCCGGAGAGCCAGGGACCCCUGAGUGCUACAACGGGUGAGAAUGAGACAGGCAGCGUGGGCCCUACAGAUGACCUGAAGAUGCCCACCAGAGCCAGCAGCCUGAGGCCCCAAGAGACCCAGUCACCCACUGCAGAGACUCAGGGGACCCUUCUUCUGGCUUCCACUCCACAGCCAGUUGCGGCUGAUACUGGGGCAACCCAGGAAGGGGACGUGGCAACCAUCGCAACCCAAAUAUUGCCACAGGGCUGGAGCACAACCCCGUUUGUGGUGGGUGCUGAUGGGCCAGGGGGCAGCACAACAGCUGUGGAGCGAGAAAACAGACCUCACGAGUCUGGGGGUGCCAUGGGACCCUCUGAUCCUGGCUCCACCCCGGCACAAUCCUCAACGCUGCCGAGAUCCAGGGCAGGGUUGGGUCACACGAUGCAGAUGACCCAGGAAACCAUAAUCGCAGGCAAUUUUGUCCCCAGUGGAAGAGCUUUGGUGCACAAUUCCACAGAAGCCAUGAGGGCAGCACAGCCUGUAGCGGAUGCUCUGCCUACUUCUGCAGACUCCCCACAUCAAACAGAGGUGGCUCCCCACUCACCCUCAUCUUUCCACUUGGGGACAGCUUUGCCCCUCAGGUUGGCGGACUCUGCCACCCACCCUGCUUCUGCCAGCAACCUCCCUGUUGGGUCCACAUUGCUCACCUCGUCUGUGGGUCCAGGUGGUGCCAUGGAAGGACCAAGAGCCCCCAGAGCAGGUGGGCGUGCCAGUGCAGACGUGCCCACGUUUCAGAGCUCCAUAGACCCGCUCACGGCUGCGGAGGCUUCCUCCAGCGGGGCUUCGACAGCCACAGAAGAGCCUGGAUCUCAGAGCCCCUCAGAGCCUGGCAGUGCCUGGCCCACGAAACGGGGCAAUCCUGCACAGCCAUCCUCACAGCCAAGGCAGCUUACACCCAAGCGGGCUGCAGAAGAGGGCACCUCGCCCACCAGGGUCCCCAGCCCAAUGGAGGUCUCUGUCAAUUACAGAGAAAGAACAGGGGUGCCUAGCGACGCCAGGGAGCGCCCUCAUAAAGCCACAACACGCCCCACCCAGCAGGCAACAAGAGAGGGGUCCCUUUGGCAAGCCACAGAGGCAGCAGAGCCGUUCGCCAGCAGCAGCAGCCUCCCAGAAAAUAGUGCCCCCGCUGGCUGGACUCCCAGCCCGACCAAGACCCCAGUGGGCUCUGAGGCUGCCUUGCUCACUCCAGAGGGAGAUGAUGUAAGUGCAGCUCCUUCGGUGAAUCCAGAGCUUCACUCCCAAGCAGCCAAUUCCUCCAGUUCGGGCUCUGGAAUGGCUGUGCCCACAAGCAAAACGGGAGCCACUGGACCCAUGCCCGUGACCCAACGGCUGUGGACCUCUCCAGCCAGGACAAGGAGCUGGGAAUGGGGGAAGAGGCCCAGCGCCCCAGCCGAAGGUGGCUCCGUCAGGGAGAUUGCCCGUUCUCCGUUUGGUCCGGGGGGCCUUGUCCGAACAACAGCCGCUCCGACAAGGAGCAGUGGGCACACACAGCCGCCUUUGCAAGCUCUGGGACCAAAGAGCACUGCAAGGGAGGGUCCUCUCGUUGCCAGCACCCGGCUCUCGCCUGCUGCACCAGAGAAGCCCACAACGCAACUGGAGCCGGCCGUGCCAAGGGAAGGCCGCCCCAGAGCCCACCAGGUCUUUGUGGUGGAGAAUCAGCUGCCCCGCCUGAAAGCCACUCUCCUGCAUAUCCCUUGUGAGCUGGUCCUGGCCAUGGAGUUUUCCAGAAGCUUCCUGAACCCUGACUCACUUGAGUACCAGGGCCUGGUGCUCAGCGUCAAUGAAACGGUCACGCCUCUCUUCGAUUCUCUGCCGGGAUUUCAGCGACUGGAAGUGAAGGCAAUCCGGCCCGGGAGUGUGGUGGUGGCGUUUGAUGCCCUCUUCCUAGUAGCGGCUCCCGGCUUGUGGGCUGCUCUGAAUCGCUCAUCCCUCUCGGAGCGCUUGCGGCCGGGGCUCUGGGUUGGCAAUGCCCGGGUGCUGCAGAGUACGACGCUGGAGCGGCACCUGGACCUCUGCUCCAUGCUCUUCGCCUGCCAGGCCGGCUACGAGUGCGUCUCUACGAGGGAAGACGGGAGUGCCGUAUGCACCUCUGCGUGCCACCGCGACUACUGCAAGAACGAGGGCAUCUGCACCCAUGCCGUCAACCACAUGCCUGUCUGCCAGUGUCCCGUGGGCAGCGACUUCUGGUUCCUGGGGGUGCGCUGCGAUUACAAGGUGACACAGCAGGGCUUGCUGGGGGUGGCCUGCGGCCUCUUGCUGAGCCUGGUGGUGGUCGGAGCUGCCAUUGCCGGCCUGGUGAUCCGCCGGGUUCGCAUGCUGCUGCUGGAGGCCAGAGCGGAUCAGACCAAGAGCAGCUACCGCCGCUUCUGCCGCCUCGACGAUGUCUCGGCCCACUACUGGUCGGAGCCUUGGCUGGCCUCAGCAGUCUCCUUGGACAACCCGGCCUUCAGCAACUCGGAAGAACUGCUGCACUUGCAGAUCCUGGACACAGCCUGCUGCAGCUGCCAGGACGACUGUAUGGGCCCCGACGGCUACUGCAAGCAGCCGCAGGAUGCCCCCUGCAUUGGGGCUGCAGGCCGGCCGAGCGCUCAUUACAACCACUGGGACGUGAGCUCCAACAGCAUGAAUGACCCUAUGAUAGACUCCGGGAAGGCCAGUGAAGUCUCCGUCUCCAGCUGGCCCAUGGAACCUAUUCAGUGGAGCCCUUGCCCCGCUCUGCACAACCCCUCCAGGGAGCAAGUGCACAAAGCCCAGAGGCCUCACUCUUACUGCGAGGGAAUGGAGCUGGUCAACCUGGAGAGAAGCUGGACAGCCUGAAUCCUUCCAGUAAGACACAGGACGUGUCAACAUCCUCAAAACCAUCCUUUUAAUUUCUA